CAGUCUCCUCCAUCCUCUCCCAGACGAGAGGACCAGUGGAGGCACCUCUCGGAGUCUUAGACUUAGAGUCUGAGACUUAGCGAGAGGCGCCCCGGAGGAGACAACCCUUCUCUCUGCUUUACCCAUUCCUUUCUUUUACUUACAGACGGCAGCUGGGGCGCGGAGCUUUAGAAAGUUCGCUGUGGUCGGGAAGCAGUUCUUGCGCAGUGGGGUCACUCUCUGCAGAGCCAGAGGGUGAGUCGGCUUCUCGGUGAGCGCCUAGGAGAAUGGAUCGCAGGUCCCGGGCUCAGCAGUGGCGCCGAGCUCGCCAUAAUUACAACGACCUGUGCCCGCCCAUAGGCCGCCGGGCCGCCACCGCGCUCCUCUGGCUCUCCUGCUCCAUCGCGCUCCUCCGCGCCCUAGCCACUUCCAACGCCCGUGCCCAGCAGCGUGCUGCCCAGCGUCGGAGCUUCCUUAACGCCCACCACCGCUCCGCCGCUGCCGCCGCCGCCGCUGCGCAGGUACUCCCCGAGUCCCCCGAAUCUCAGUCUGAUCCCUCUGAUCACGAGCUAGAGGAGGCACGACCUGAGCUGCCACGAGCUGAGCUGGCCCGCCCCGAGUGCCUUGAUUACGACGACAUCGAGUCUGAGACCGAGUCUGAGACUGAGUCUGAGACCCAGUCUGAGACCGAGACGGACACGGAGACGGAGACGGACACGGAGACGGACACGGAGACCGAGUCUGACUUCGAGUCCGAGACUGAAUUAGAGAGCGAGUCUGAUACCGCCCCCGCAACUGAGCCUGAGACUGAACCCGAAGACGAGCGCGGCCCCCGGGGCGCCUCCUUCAACCAGUCUCUCACCCAGCGUCUGCACGCUCUGAAGUUGCGGAGCGCAGACGCCUCCCCGAGGCGUGCACAGCCCACCACUCAGGAGCCCGAGAGCGAGAGCGAGGGGGAGGAGCCCCAGCGCGAGCCCUUAGACCAGGAUCCUCGGGACCCCGAGGAGUCAGAAGAGCGCCAGGAGGAGGAGGAGAGGCAGCCCCGCCGCUGCAGGACCAGGAAGCCCGCCCGCCGCCGCCGCGACCAGUCCCCAGAAACCCCUCCCAGAAAGGGGCCCAUUCCCAUCCGGCGUCACUAA